AUGAGACAAGCGUUAACAGCACAGCGAAUUGGCAUCCUACACAUACCAUCUGGGUGUGGUUUGGACUUAUUCGGUUCAAUAAGGGAAUAUCAAUCAUCGAUGGCUGAUCGUGGGGGAUUUCGCGGUGGAUUCGGAAGCGGCGACCGUGGAGGUCGUGGAGGAGGGCGAGGUGGUCCUGGUGGUGAACGUGGUGGUCGAGGAAGAGGCCGUGGUAGAGGAGGCCGUGGUGGAAGAAGUGGCAAAGAAGGAGACAAAGAGUGGGUACCAGUCACAAAAUUGGGACGUUUGGUAAAAGACAGGAAGAUCACAUCGCUCGAAGAGAUCUACCUUAAUUCGUUACCUAUUAAGGAAUUCGAAAUAAUUGACGCGUUAUUGUUUAACCUAAAAGAUGAGGUUUUGAAGAUUAUGCCAGUGCAGAAACAAACUAGGGCUGGACAGCGAACAAGAUUCAAGGCUUUCGUCGCUAUUGGUGAUCAUAAUGGACACGUUGGUUUGGGUGUGAAAUGCUCCAAAGAAGUUGCUACUGCUAUUCGAGGAGCUAUUGUUGCUGCCAAAUUAUCUGUUAUUCCUGUUAGACGAGGUUAUUGGGGUAACAAGAUCGGUCAGCCACACACUGUUCCUUGCAAGGUAACUGGCAAAUGUGGUUCAGUCCUCGUACGUCUUAUUCCAGCGCCUCGAGGUACUGGAAUUGUAUCAGCCCCUGUCCCGAAAAAGCUUCUGCAAAUGGCUGGUGUCGAGGAUUGUUAUACAUCAGCUGUUGGUCAAACAGCUACCCUUGGCAACUUUGCAAAAGCAACUUAUGCCGCAAUCCAACGCAUUAACAUGUCGGCUGUAGUGUCUUCUUCCACGCAGCCUCCGUUCGUUGCGUUGGAAACAAGCAUGGGUACAAUAAGCAUUGAAUUGUAUUGGGAUCAUGCGCCGAAGACGUGCAAAAAUUUUGCGGAAUUAUCUCGUAGAGGUUAUUAUAAUGGCACAAUAUUCCACAGGAUUAUCGCGGAUUUUAUGAUUCAGGGUGGUGAUCCGACUGGGACAGGUCGAGGUGGUGCAUCGAUCUAUGGAGAUCGUUUUCAUGAUGAAAUUCAUGAUGACUUGAAACACACCGGUGCCGGCGUUGUCUCAAUGGCGAAUGCUGGUCCGAAUACGAAUGGCUCACAAUUCUUUAUCACUCUAGCACCCACACAACAUCUAGAUGGCAAACAUACCAUUUUCGGAAGGGUUGCGGCGGGGAUGAAGGUUGUGCAACGAAUGGGUCGUGUUGAAACGGACAAUAACGAUCGACCGAAAUGCGAAAUACGUAUUUUGAAGGCGGUACCGAGGGACGAUUCUCGGACAUAA